AUUUUUGAUUGUAUCACAUAAGACUGUGAUCACAUGUUUAAAAUAUCUCAUUUAAAUUACUGGACAAAUUUGGAGAUUACACAAAGUGUUGGCAAAAUAUCAACGGUUGAAAAUCUGGUGUUAAUAUCGAGUUUUUCACUUCAAACUUCAAAUAUGCGAUUCCUUCUAGUAAUUUUUACUUUCUUGUCAGCAAUAUGCCUUGUGGCAGCGCAUACAAUUACAAUUCCGGCUCGUGUAAAAGAAUGCUUUUUUGAAGAACUGCAAGUUGAUGAUAAAAUGACGAUAACUUUUCAAGUUGGUGAUGGUGGACAAUUAGACAUCGAUUUCUUGAUAUCAGAUCCUUCCGACGUUGUUGUACAAGUCGCUAAAAAAGAAACUACAGGAACAUAUAGUUUUACAGCCACGAAAAAUGGCCGAUAUACUUAUUGUUUCAGUAAUGAGAUGUCAACCGUGACUGAAAAAAUUGUUAGCUUUAAUGUUCAUGGAGUUGUUCAUGUUCCGGAUAGUGGAUCUGCUGAUCCAUUAGAAAAUGAAAUCAGAGAGUUGGCUGAUAAUCUCGCUGCUAUCAAAGACGAGCAAGAAUAUAUUGUAAUCCGUGAACAAAGACAUAGAGAUACUGCUGAAAGUACAAAUGAUCGUGUAAAAUGGUGGUCAAUUUUUCAAUUUUUUGUUCUUUUCGCUGUAUGCUUUUGGCAAGUGUUUUACUUAAAGAGAUUCUUUGAAGUCAAACGUGUUGUGUAAAAUAUAUUAAAAAUUCAUCAGGAAAGUAUGUAAUGUAUUUAACAAUUUUUAAAAUAUGUUAUAGACGUCAAAUAUGGCGGCUAUAUU